AUGGCUGAAUACUCUAACAAGAAGACGCGUGGGGCUUUUAUUGCGGCUGUUUUUGCUAUGCAAGGAUUUGGAAUUCUUGCUGGUGGUAUCGUUGCUAUGGCUGUUUCUGCAAUUUUUCGUGCUGUGUGCAAAGCUCCUGCUUACUCGGUUGAUCCAAUCGGCUCUACUGUGCCACAAGCAGAUUAUGUAUGGAGGAUAAUUUUAAUGCUCGGUGCAUUGCCUGCUGCUUUAACCUAUUAUUGGCGCUUGACGAUGCCAGAAACUCCUCGUUACACUGCCUUGGUCGCCAAGAAUGCUGAGAAAGCCAGUCAAGAUAUGUCCAAAGUCAUGGGCAUUGAAAUGCAACCUCAAAAGGAGGUAGGAAGGGAGAAGGUGAUCAAUAGAAGCAACUCUUUUGGGUUAUUGUCCAUGGAAUUUCUUCGCCGUCAUGGAUUGCACUUGCUGGGGACAGCAAGCACUUGGUUCUUACUUGACAUUGCAUACUAUAGCCAGAACCUGUUCCAAAAGGAUAUUUUCAGUGCUGUUGGUUGGCUUCCAAAGGCCCACACCAUGAGUGCACUGGAAGAACUUUUCAAGAUCACCAGGGCACAAUUCUUUAUAGCACUCUGUGGCACAGUUCCAGGAUACUGGUUCACAGUCUUUCUUAUCGAUUAUAUUGGUCGCUUCACAAUUCAGCUGAUUGGGUUUUUCUUCAUGACUGUGUUCAUGUUUAUAUUGGCCAUUCCUUAUCACCACUGGACUCUAAAAGAAAACAACAUUGGUUUCAUUGUCAUUUAUGGACUCACCUUCUUUUUUGCGAAUUUUGGGCCCAACAGCACCACAUUUAUAGUACCAGCGGAGAUUUUCCCUGCAAGGUUCAGGUCAACAUGCCAUGGGAUAUCAGCAGCUGCUGGGAAGGCUGGUGCAAUAAUAGGGGCUUUUGGGUUCUUGUACGCAGCACAGAAUCAGGACAAGUCCAAGGUUGAUCCAGGAUAUUCAACUGGUAUUGGGAUGAAAAAUGCACUAAUAGUGCUUGGCAUGAUCAAUGUGCUAGGCUUUCUGUUUACAUUUUUGGUUCCUGAGACAAAAGGAAGAUCUUUAGAGGAGAUUUCAGGGGAGAAUGAACAAGUUGAUCAAGCACACCCCACCGGAGUUGAGGCUGUCUAG